UGGAGUGAAAUCCAGCUCAGAGUGGGUACACAGGUUCCAGUUCCUGUGCUCCAAGCUUGUGGAAGACGCACAAUGAGAACUAUUUUAAGCAAGUGGAUGGAACGUAAAGACGCCCACUAUCUACUGAUGGAUGUUGCUUUUACCCAAGAACAGGAGCCUGAAUCUAGUCAGCUCAGCCCACUACAAGUUCACCUUUUUGACUCAGACGAACCCAUCACAAGAUUUCAGGAUGGUAGGAAAGUCCUGGACCUCCAGACCUCCAACCCGAUUCCUGCCUCAGUCCAGGGUUUUCCAGCCAACUAUCUGAACCGCAGUCUGGCUCUGAGCCUGGGCUCUGUCCGGCACAGAGGCUUCCAGCUCGCCUUCUCCUACUCUGGAAAAUGUGUGCUGAUAUUAUCCAUCAGGCUGUACUAUAGGAAGUGCCCUGACAUCGUGGCUCACCUGGCCUUGUUUAAGGGGACGGGGGCCGGCUCGGGUCCCCUGACAGGUUCCUGUGUGAGGGGAGCUGUGGAGGUUUCUCAGCCUGUCAGUGAGUGUAAUGUGAAUGGAGUAUGGGUUCCACUGCAGGGGCUGUGUACCUGUGAACCUGGGCAUCAAGUCAUAGGUGAAACCUGUCAAGCAUGUUUGAUCGGUUACUACAAACCAGCCAGUAAGAAUGGAGGAUGUCGGUUGUGCCCACCUAACAGCAGGACACAUGGGGAGGGAUCAGAGAGGUGUGACUGUCUGCAGGGUUUCAGCCGCCUGCCAACCGACCCUGAUGACCUUGGCUGCACCAAGCCACCCUCUGCCCCUGUGAAUCUAAUAGCCCAUCAUCACAAUGACUCUGUGCUGAUUUUGAUGUGGGACCCUCCUCAUGACUGGGGAGGCAGACAGGAAGUGGUGUAUCGCGCCAAGUGUGAGAAGAAAGCGGUGUCUGGCAGUCAGUGGGGGUCAUGCAGGAAUGAUGUGGUCAUCCUGCCAGACUCAGCAGGGCUGACCAACACAUCAGUCAGCAUCACAGGACUGAAUCCACAGUGUGACUACAGACUGUCAGUGCAAGCCUGGAAUGAUAUAUCCACCCUGCAGGGGGCGCCACCUUUAUCCACUGCCACUGUUACUAUUCAUAGAUGGAAAGUUCCUCCCAUGGUGAUCACUGUGACCCCGGGCCAAAACCUCUCAGAGCCUGAAAUACCAGCAGCUCCUCAGCACCAGAGCCGGCUCUCCAUAUGGCUGACUACUGGAGUUUUGUUUGUCAGCUUACUGCUCAUGGCUGUAAUCCCAAUCGCUGUGUGUUACCUGCGCCGCACCAAACUCAGCCUGCUGCUGUCCGGACACAGGCUUAAACCACGCUGAGGACUGUGACCAGGAACUUUAUGAAGUCAUGCGGAGCUGCUGGGACAAGGAUUCGGCCCGCAGGCCUGGCUUCAGGGAACUGUGCGAGACACUGAAAGGUCUUCUGUCGGAGCUGCCGGUUCUGGAGGCCAGCCAGGAGGCCAGCUACAUCAACCAAGGCCUGGAGGUUGCUGCUGCAGCUGCAGCUGCCUCUCAGGAUCCACAAACAGACUCUGGGGGAAGAUGGGAAAAUGUCUACCUGCCUUCUCCCGUGGGUGCUGCUGCAGCCAGAGAUGAGCAUGUGGAAGUAGAUGGCUAUCUUAAGUAUAUAACUGACUCAACAGAUAAAGGGAAUGACAAUCACUAAAAAUAUAGAUUUACAAAAUGUAAUUCUGUAUUAAAGUGAACAAAUGUUGUAUGUGUGUAUACAAUUCUGUCUUUUGAUGUCAUAAUUAUAAUGAUUAUGCAGUAAAACAUUUUAAUUUACCAUCUCAAAAUUAAGACUUAUUAUCUCAUAAUUGUAACAUUAAUUUAGACCUACCAGUAUUUUGUGUCAUUCCUAACAUUCAGUUCUUUCUUUUUCUGGCACAAAUGGUCUUCCAUAGAUGUUUAUGAAACUAUUCUUGCAUUCUUGAGCCUGUAAAUGCUGACUUCCAGGGUUUUAGCUUUGACAGCAGUAUGAUUGGAUGAAAUUCACAGUGCGGUAAGAACAUUAUCAAAUGUGGGGUUUGUGUCUGCAAGUUGUAUAAUUAUACUGGAUCAUGACUAAUUCUAAUAGUAAGAUAUUGUGACUGACAGUUUCCAUGUGUUAUUUUAGGAAAGCCCAACAAAAUCUGUUGUAAAGUGAGAUUUAGACUAUAAAAGUACAUAUAUUUUAUUUUUUAAUGAUAAGUUUUCAUCUAGAAAAACACAAAAACUUUACUUGAUGGCACAAGUUUAACUUUUUACAUGUGAUUUUAAAUAUUAACAUUGCAGCUGCUUGCCAGUUUAGACAUUUUUACGUGUAACGGUAUAUUCUGUUGUCCUCAGAAUGGAGGGUUGUGUAUAUUCAAUUCAAUUCAAAUGGGCUUUAUUGACUUGGAAGACAGAUGUUUACAUUGCCAAAGCAAGUGUAAAAUAUAUGUAUAUACAGAUUAGUAAGACAAAUAAAAAUAAA